GCACAAAACGUAACCCGUGUCUCUGAAUUCCAACUCCUGAGCCUCUCAGAGGACCCAGACCUGCAGCAGAUCCUCUUUGGACUGUUCCUGUCCAUGUACCUGGUCACAGUGCUUGGGAACCUGCUCAUCAUCCUGGCCAUCAGCUCUGACCCCCACCUCCACACCCCCAUGUACUUCUUCCUCUCCAACCUGUCCUUGGCUGACAUCGGCUUCAUCUCCACCACGGUCCCAAACAUGAUUGUAAACAUUCAAAGUCACAAUGAACUUAUCUCCUAUGUAGGAUGCUUGACACAGAUGUCUCUUUUUGCCAUUUUUAUUUGUAUGGAUUAUAUGCUUCUGACUGUGAUGGCCUAUGACAGGUUUGUGGCCAUCUGUCACCCCCUGCAUUAUACAGUCAUUAUGAACCCCCGCCUCUGUGGCUUCUCAAUUUUGGUGUCAUUUUUGUUGAGUGUCUUGGACUCUCAGCUGCACAAUUUGCUGAUCUUACAAAUUACCAAAUUCAAGAAUGUUGAAAUUUCCAGUUUCUUCUGUGAUCCUUCUGUACUUCUGAAUCUUUCCUGCAAUGACACCUACUCUAAUAACAUUGGCAAGUAUUUUCUUGCUGCUGUAUAUGGCUUUCUUCCCAUCUCAGGAAUCCUUUUCUCUUACUAUAAAAUUAUGUACUCUCUUCUGAGAAUCCCCUCUUUAGGUGGGAAGUACAAAGCCUUCUCCACCUGUGGCUCUCACCUGGCAGGUGUUUGUUUAUUUUUAGGAACAGGUUCUGCAGUGUACCUUGGUUCAGCUGCAUCACAUUCUCCCAGAAAGGCUGCAGUGGCUUCUGUGAUGUACACUGUGGUCACCCCCAUGUUGAACCCCUUCAUCUACAGCCUGAGGAACAGGGAUAUUAAAAGGGCCUUGAGGAGGCUGAUCUUUGUCCCUGUGGAGUCUGGUUACAAUGUGUGUGGGAAAAUUCAGUGA